AUGGUGCACUCGUGUGGUGGUGAUGACUUCGCAGCUGGCGUCGGAGACUAUAUUACUCUGGGUAGCAUGGGAGGGGGCAUCGCCGGAUAUCUUAAACAUAUCGUUGCUCACGACGACAAGGUUCGUCACAACUGGGCCAUUAUCAACGCAGGCAUACCAGGAUCCACAACGGGUGACUGGCUGAUGUCGUCCCCUAGGAAGUACUUCAAAAGCGUCUUUUCUUCCAGAGCAACGGGGGAUGCGUCCAUCGUGAUCAUUUUGCUUGGGUCUCUGGAGAUCAGAAAUGCAACCACAGCAGCGCACGAAAUCAAGAGAAACCUUGUAGAAAUUUGUGAUACUUUACGAAAGAAAAGAAAGCAGGUGUGUUUGGCCACGACUGCGAGUCCUGACCCAACUGCCAAUCAGAUAAAUAGUGACAGCGCGACUAUCAAGUCAGCUCUGGAGCAGUUUUGCAAAAGCACAACGGAGGAAGAGGCACCUGUUAUUCUGGGACCUCGCCUCGACACGUAUGCUUUUCGUCGUGAGAGUGCCCUAUCGUACGAUAAGUACCAUUUAAAUUCUCAGUCGUAUCGACAAUUAGCUCGCAACACAGCGAAUUUUCUCAUCCCCAUGAUGACGGCUAUUGAAUGGACCACCUGGAAGGAACAACUCAGCCAAGUCACGUAUGACAAGGCAUUGUACGAUUAG